UAAAAAUUGCCACUGACUUUAUGAAAAAAUAUUCGUAUGCGGAAAUAAUGUCGCUGCUAUGUCCAACGUUUUCAUGUAUGUAGAUUUACUUCUUCUCCAUGGAGUAUAAUAUAUUCUUUGGUGCUGUGUUAAUAAAGAUACACAUUUAUUUUAUUUAUAAGCCACAAAGGACACAAAUAUUAAAAUUAAAAAAAUAUGUACAUAAUUAUCGACAAGUUAUAAUUUCAUGUAUCUUUCCCGUCUCUUCAAUUCAUAGACAAUCUAGCAUUACGAAAUGUCAAAUUCGCAACAUUUUCGUUAAUCUGUAGAAAUAAAACUUGUUGUGAUUUCGUUUUUAGUGAAAUAAAUGUGAUAUAAUAGUUAAAUACAAGCAGUUUUUAUGUAAUUCGCGGUGUGCGCGUUAAAUGAAGUGAUGUGUAUAUAAAUGAUUUAGUUUAAACGGACGGUUUGUGAGAAAUAUGUGAAUGUCGUGACGACGGAUCUUUGUUUACCUGUUUUGCCAUGUAAGGAAAAAAAUGUGUCAUCAGAAAAUAAAUACAAGAAUUUUCAGUGCGUGAAUUUUAAAAUGUUUGAUACGUCAUCCGUUAAUGUUAAAUUGAAAAACGUUCCUGGGUAUAUAAUGAAUUCUGAGCUUUAUUUAUAUUACUUUGCGAGCAGAACAUCGCGACUACUGGCAAAUCAGACUUUCUCAAAAGGACGGGAUGUCGAGUUUGAAGUCGUCAGUUAUACACCACCUAGUGAGUGUAUAUUAUACGUCAAGCUACAUUUGAGUAAUAGAAUUGUUAAGCAACAAUUAAUAAGAUAUUAUAAAGAUGGAAAAGCGGCCCGCCACCCGUGUAUGAGCCAUUGCAUUUUAGAGUUUGACGAUUGGACUGGAAUACAGAACAAAACAACUUUAACGACGUCCGACCGCCAUAAUGAGUUUAAACCUAAGGACCAGUGUAUGGCUCCGCCGCCGAAAAACGUUUCGUCGUACGAAAUUGUCCAAAGUCUCCAACACAUAAACUAUAGACACCUCGACAAUGUAACUAUUGACGCAGUGAUUGUGAAGAACAUACCACCGAACAACGAAGUUUCUCUAAAGUGGGGUAAUGGUAAUGUAAUCGCUAAAUCAAAACAAUAUACGGAGUGUUGGCAUACAUUUGAUCGACUAAAUUACACUUUUCGAAACGAGUAUAACAACAGCAUCUUAAAUAUUGAGCUGUCUCCAAGUUCUACAAUGUUUGAACCGCCACCGUUCAAACUAAUACCAAUAGCACUAUUUAAUUCGGUCUAUGAAAGCUCUGCCAAUUACAGAUUUUCCACAGUUAGAAAAAUUAUAAAAAAGCACAAUCUGAAAAUACAUUCAAGAAAAAGAAAUAAUAAAAAAAAAGAGAAAAAAAAAAUCACAUUAAAACAACCAUCAUACAAAAAACACCCGUGUCUAGAUAAAUGCAUCAUAUUGAUUGAUAUUGCUUAUGAAAUGCAUAAAAUGAACUCUACAAAAUCUGCAGUAUACAGUAAAGAAAGGUUAUUAGACAAUAACAAUGACCUGUUUGAAACUGAUGAUAUCGAACCAAUUGAAAUGUGCCCUAAAGACGAAACCUUGAAUUUCACACAAGAAAUAGACGAUAGUAAACAUAAUGAAAUCAAUAAUUAUCAUAAAAGCUAUACGACAACAACAACGACCACAGCAGCAACAACAACAACAACAGUAAGAAUAUCAUCGACAACAAUAUCCUCAACAACAUUAAUAUCGAAAACAACAUCAAUAUUAAAAACGUCAACAGAAUCAAAAGUAUUAGAAUCAAUGAAAACCUCAACAGAAGUUACAUCAGCGAUGCAAACAUACACAGAAGUAACACCCCCUGGAGACGGUGGUCAGCUAAAUACUAUCUUGCCUAUAGUUGCAGCAAUCUUUGCCUUACUUAUACUCAUAGUAGCCAUUGUCUGGUAUAGACGUUAUAAAAAGGCGAAAGCUGUAAACGCUAACGCAUACUGUUACAUUUCACCUCUAAAUUACGCUCAGUUAGACUUGCAGAGUUCUGACAUAUAUUCAGUACCGAAGAAGGACUAUGUAUCAGUAUAUACGCGCAUCGUUGGUGUCUUAAAAUCGAAGUGAUUUACAUCUAAAAAAAUUUAUAUGUAGUAAAAACAAGGCUCGACUUGACUCGCUCGACCCGGCACAAAAUUAUCUCCUUGUUCUUUAAUCUACUCAAUUUUGGUUUUUUUUUUCAAAGUUCUUUGGUUCUGCAAAAUAUGUCAAUAUCUUCAACUUGCUUCUAAUAUAUUACAAUUAUAAUAUUCGUCAACUUUACAUCUACUUAUUUACACACUCCUCUCACACAUUCCAUCUCUUCUUUUCGGCCUUCAUGUCCUCUUGUGUCCAUCCACUUGCAAUUUCAACAUUCGUCUAGUAAUAUGAGUUUCAUCCCUCUGCAUCACAG